AAGCUUUGUAUACUAGCCUACUUUAAAAUCUGUAAUCUUGUCUUUAGAUCAGAACUUUAGACAGUAACAACAAAAACAUCAUACUUACUUUGAGUGGACUUGCAGAGAGCUUUCACUUGUGAGGUUCUCAUAGGAAAGAGUCUGGUCUGGUUCCAAACCGACGACGAUGUUGUCGGUUUAUCAGCGCAGAUUUGGACCGAGAUGAGAUAGCCUACAGCCCGCUGUUUGUCGUCCUGCCAGGACACCGCCCUUUUUUUAUAUUUCACUUCUGCCACAUGUAGGCUAGAGUAUCACUUGUUGUUAAACGAGUGGGCAGUUUUAAUUUUUGUAGCAAAGAGGAAGAACUGCGGACCAAUUUUUUUUCGCAGAAACGGCGGUUUGUUUGUCACCGACAGGAAAGGAUGUGAAUAUCUGCAAUUGAGCCGUUUAAACGAAACGUAAAACGAUUUAGGCUACUCCGCUCUUGAAAUGAAGCCAGUUGUAUUUUAAAUCUUCUACUUUUGUCUUGAAGUACUUUGGGGACACUUCGGCUAACUUUGAUAUGGGAGACGUGCGGCAUCUGCGUCUGUCAAGUUAAAAGGCGAGCAGAACACAGGAAGAUAUCCGUGGUAUUGUGCUGACGUACAAGUUCCACUGCCAGAUGUGUGCAGUUCAAGAGCUAUUUGCUGUGGGAGACAUGAGUUCAGCCCAAAACAAUGUGCAGACCUGAGUCUCGCCAGCCAGCCGGGUGGGGCCACUCAAUGGCAGGAAGCGUAGCCAUCAAUAUUUACUCUGCGCAAGGCAGUUGAAGAGUCGACAGUCCUGGAGCCUGGAGAUGGAAAGCUCUUCUCUACUGACAGUGGUGCUAGUUGGGGCGUUUCUGUGGAUCUCUGCUAUUCAUGCAGAUUCCAAAGACGAUGGGAAGGUGCUGUGUACAUGCGAGAAUGACAAAGGCACAUGCGUGAAUGGAACUUGCAAAGGAGACAUCUGCUUCUACUCCUGGGUUCGCGGCCAUGAGGAGAGGGGCUGUUUCUCCAAAGUUUACUACAUGGAGCAGUGCUUCAGCAAAGUUGACCGCUUGUUUAUGCACUGCUGCAAAGAGUAUCUGUGCAACACCUUCACCACUCCCCCUCCAAACAUUAAUGGAGAUCCGACAACAACACCCCCAGAGCUCAGUCGUCCAGAGCUGUGGAUCACGUUGUCUUUACUGCUGUUAAUCACAACUGCCAGCAUGUGUGGUCUGGUGCUGUUCCUGCGCUUCCGACGUGCACAUGGCUUGAGAAAUGAUGUCCAUGGUGACCGUGAUGUCACCAUGCUCAAGGUUCCUGAUGGAGAUGACCCCACAUACGGCGACAUCUUUGAUGAGUUUUGUACUUCAGGGAGUGGGACAGGGUUGCCCUAUCUGGUCCAAAGGACUAUGGCCAGACAAAUCUCACUUGUCCAGUGUGUCGGUAAAGGCAGGUAUGGGGAGGUGUGGAGGGGAACUUGGAUGGGGGAGAGUGUGGCUGUCAAGAUCUUUUCCUCUAGGGACGAGCAGUCCUGGUUCAGAGAGACAGAGAUCUACAAUACUGUACAGCUGCGACACGACAACAUACUGGGUUUCAUAGCCUCCGACAUGACAUCCAAGAAUUCUAGCACCCAGCUGUGGCUCGUCACCCACUUUCAUGAGCUGGGUUCGCUCUACGACUUCCUGCAGUACAGCAGUUUGGAGCCUGAGAGCUGCCUCAGGAUGUGCCUGUCUGUGGCCUGUGGCCUGGUCCAUCUUCACACUGAGAUCGUCAGCUCCCAGGAAAAGCCAGCUAUCGCCCACCGAGACCUGAAAAGCCGAAACAUCCUGGUGAAGCGGAACGGACAGUGCUGCAUCGCUGACCUAGGUUUGGCUGUGAUACACUCUCAGUCUCAUGACUACCUUGAUGUGGGCAACAACCCUCGCGUGGGGACCAAGCGCUACAUGGCCCCUGAAGUGCUAGAUGAGACUAUUCGUAUGGACGUCUUUGAGUCCUACAAGCAGACUGACAUCUGGGCCCUGGGCCUGGUCUUCUGGGAAAUUUCCCGCAGGACCAUUGUCAAUGGGAUUGUGGAAGAGUACUGCCCUCCUUUCUUUGACAUGGUGCCCUUAGAUCCCAGCUUUGAGGAGAUGAAGAAGGUGGUGUGCGUGGACCAGCAUAAGCCCAGUCUGCACAACAGGCUCCAUUCCCACCCUAUCCUGUCGGCCAUUGCGAAGAUCAUGAAGGAGUGUUGGUACCAGAGCCCACCAGCCCGCCUUACAGCCCUGCGAGUGAGGAAGACACUCUCCAAACUGGACCAUGACAGUGACUUCAGCACUGAGAAACUCAAGAGCGACAUCUAGACCAGAGCAACAGGAUGAAACAGGGACAAACAAUUGAAAACGCCAGAAGGGAUUAUGCACCACAUUCCAACAGCACAAGGUGCAAAUCAUUAGCAUAUUUUAAGCUAUUGGCUCACACAGUCACUGCAUUCUAUUAAAACCAUAUGACUUGGAGCAGUAGUGUCUAGACUGGCUGCAGAGGCUAUUUUUUUUUUUUCGUAGCCUAAUUUUCAUCUGCCAUAUUUCUGGUACCCAACCAAAAGGCCCCAAAAAGAAAACUAUGAAGAUCAAGUUGUAUUUCUUUUUUUUUUUAUUCAGUUCUUUAUGCUAAUAAAAUUAAUUUCCAAAACAGAAUAAAUAAAACCAAAGAAUUUAUAGCCUGUUCUACACACACAGGGUUUUAUUCAUAAUUGUCUAAAUCCCCCCAUCGUCAUGACAGAAAGGAAAAUCUGGCAUAGCACAAUUACUCAUCAUCUUAUCGAGAAGAGGAGGAGGAUGUCAUUCUGGACUUUCUCUUAUAUACAGGAAAAUUGCACAAAUGGGUUUUCCCAAUAAUUGCCAAAGAAAACUUGGAGGCCUUGGGUGUUUUUUUUACUAUGAAUACAGGAAAUAUGUAAGUAAUAACAUGCUCAUACCAAAGCACAUUACCUGUUGUGUAAGCAUAUUUAAUUUAUAUAAAAUGAGCCUUCAUUAUCUGCACACAGACACAUUGAGCUAUUUAGUUGUACAUAUUCUAACAGCAUUGGAACUGUUGUCAUUUAACACCAUUGGAUUUAUUGUACAUAUAUUUUGUAUAGGGGUAUUAUUUUCAAUUAUUCAACAAUGAGACACAUUUUAUAUACUUUUUUUUUUUUUUUUUUUUUUUUUUACACAUUUUUUUAAGUAUUUUUUUACAUUUCUGUAGGCCAAUAAUGUACCAUCACCAUUACUAUGGUCAGUAAAGGAAUUCACAAACAGACAUGUAAUAUUGUAUAUGUUGAAUAAAGGAUUGUAUUUUUGAAAAGUUUGCGCUCCA